AUAUAAGGACUGAGGAUGACAACACCAGAAACAAAAAAUCCCAGAGCUUCUCAAGCUUCACACCAACCUUCAGAGGAACCUUCAUAGACACAGAGAUGUUUCUCCCUGUCCUUGUUGUGCUGGGCCUCUGCCUGGUGCCUGGUCACUCCAAACGCACAGGAGAACGUCUGGGCAGUCCUUUCCUCCAAAACUGUUUUAAGGAGGCUAAGAAACUUGUGGAUGAUGCGUAUUUGUACUCCAGAGAAGAGAGUCUGAAGCGAGUCCGCAGGGACGUGGUGAGUCCUCACGACACCCUCCGUCUCCUGAAGCAGCCUCGAGGUGAAACGCGCUCGGCUGUGAGGUCUGCAGACUACAUGGCCCAAACCCUUCGUCUGCUGCAUGACAGGGUGCAUCGUGUGCACAAGCGCUCGCUCAACGCAACAGACUUGCUCAGUGAGGACGACCUGAAAGAUCUCGUCAGGAUAACUGGAUGUGCGUCUCGGAUCCGCCUCCCAGAAUGCCGCAGCACAGCAAACAUCAACAAGUAUCGCACAAUCACCAGCGUCUGCAACAACCCAAAAAACCCUCGCCUCGGAGCCUCAAACUCCCCCUUCGCCCGCUUGCUGCCUGCUGAAUACGACGACGGCAUCUCCCAACCCAAAGGCUGGAACAACCGCACGUUCAACAACUUCCUGCUCCCACUGGUACGACUGGUGUCCAACAACAUCCUGAGCACAACAGAUGCAGCCGUGGUCAGCGACAGAGAGUUCACUCACAUGGUGACCUUGUUUGGCCAGUGGAACGACCACGAUCUCACCUUCACGCCCUUCUCCCCCAGCAUCCGCUCCUUCAGCAACGGGGUGGACUGUGAGGAGAGCUGUGAGAGGACCGAGCCAUGCAUCCCCAUCCCAAUUCCUCCUGGUGACCCUCGGCGUCCUUACUACCCCAACAACUGCAUGCCUACGUUCAGGUCCGCCCCUGCUUGCGGAACAGGAUUCUCGGCCUACAAUUUCGGCGGAGAGCCCAACAAGAGGGAGCAGAUCAACGCGCUGACGGCCUUCCUGGACCUCAGCCAGGUGUACGGCUCUGAGGACAAGCUCGCCCAUUCUCUUCGUGACCUCACUAACAAUGGCGGCCUAUUGCGCGUGAACACGCAGUUCAACGACAACAGACGUGAGCUGCUGCCCUUCCAUCCCUUGGAGGUGAAAAUGUGUGCCACGCGCAAAAGAAUCACCAACAACACAGACGCCAAGGAGGUGCCCUGUUUCAUUGCAGGUGACACGCGUGUGGACGAGAACAUCGGGUUAACAUCGAUUCACACGCUGUUUCUGCGUGAGCACAACCGACUGGCCCGGGCGCUGAAAAGACUGAACCCACACUGGGACAGUGAGACGCUCUACCAGGAGGCGCGCAAGAUCAUGGGCGCUUACGCGCAGAAGUUUGUGUUCAGGGACUAUCUGCCACACAUUUUGGGCGACCAUGCAGUUCAGACACAGAUCGGCCGUUACCCCGGCUACAAUCCCAAUGUGGACCCCAGCAUAUCCAACGUCUUUGCAACAGCAGCUUAUCGCUUUGCCCACUUGGCCAUCCAGCCAAUGUUAUCCCGUCUGGAUGGAAACUACAGGGAGACUCGUCGGUUCCCCAAUGUGUCCUUGUUCAAGGCCUUCUUCACCCCCUGGAGAAUCGUCUAUGAGGGUGGUAUUGACCCUCUGCUGCGUGGUUUGAUCGGCCGCCCCGCCAAGCUGGGCACUCAGGAUCACAUGAUGGUGGAUGCCCUGAGGGAGCGGCUGUUCCAGUUUGUGCAGGAACUGGCUUUGGACCUGGGCUCUCUCAACAUACAGAGAGGACGUGACCACGGCUUGCCUGGCUACAACGCCUAUCGCAAGCUCUGUGGCCUGUCUCAGCCCAGGAACCAGGCGGAGCUCGGGCGGGUUCUGAAAAACGGCAAUCUGGCCCGGAAGCUGCUGAAGCUCUACGGCUCCCCCAACAACAUCGACGUCUGGAUGGGAGGUGUGGCAGAGCCGUUCGUGCAGGGUGGCCGUGUGGGGCCUCUGUUCGCCUGUCUCAUUGCAAGACAGUUCCGUAGUAUCCGCCAGGGUGACAGGCUGUGGCACGAGAACCCGGGCGUGUUCACCGCGAAACAGAGAAACGCCCUGAACUCCGCCUCCUUGUCCAAGAUCAUCUGCGACAACACCGGCAUCACAUCCGUCCCGGCGAACGCCUUCAACGUCAUCUCGAAGAGGAACCGGCUCGUCCGCUGCAACCACAUCCGAAGCGUGGACCUGACGGGGUGGAGGGAAAGACCCUGCACCAACAACUCAGGCUCAGGUGUUAGCUGUAAUGAAGUCGGUGGAAAAGAGGCUGUGAUCCAGUCGAAUCCUCUGGACAGACAGGGCCUCCUGGACCAGCAGGGCCUCCUGGACAACGAGGUGGAGUAGGACGUAGAGGCCCGAGGGGCCGGAGAGGCCCGAUAGGACCUCCAGGCCCCCCUGGUCCUCCAGGCCCCCCUGGUCCACCAUCACUCGACCAAAAUGCCACACUCCCGCAAUCUGCCUUCUCUGUCAUCCUGGGGG